AUGUGGUUCUCGGCGAGAGCAUCCGGUACAGGGUGGGAUGGUAUCAUUCUUCUCCAGUCCCUGUUCGUGCCCGAGAAGAGCAAGGGUACAUGCGGUCACUCUGAGUAUCGAACCUUCUGUGCGCGCCCAGACAGUCCCCUUGAUCCCGGCAAGAAGUUUGAUAAGAGUUCAAUGCGAGACACGUUGGUGUUUUGCUUCAAAAAUCGUCCUGAAAUUAUUCAAGACUCGGUAAACGAUCCAUUCAUCAUUCUUCAAGAUCUCUUCCGCAUCAUAGCAUCUGAGUGGACUGUCGUCCUCACCUACCUCGAGCGGGAACUCGUUACGAUAGAGUAUUGCCUGGAGAAGGAAGACCCCACUCUAGAGGAACUCGAGACCUAUCUCAAAGACUUGUUCGUACACCGCCGCCGUGUCACCAGGUACUGCCUCUUCAUCCUCGAGGCACGAGAUCCCUGUGCAUCACAGGGCCAACGGUCUUGGCCGAGAGGUGCACGUGACGGUCCAGCCCUCGAAGUCAGCACCGGGCUCGUAGCCGACUUCGACCAACUGGAGAAUCUGCUAGCACGCCUCAGCGAGCGGAUCACGAAGAACAUCAAUCUGCUGACCGCGCUCGUCUCCAUCGGGGAGGGGAAACUCGGCCGCGCGAAAACCCAGAAUAUCGCUAUGCUAACCAAGGUGGGCGUUUGUUUCAUUCCAUUCAGCACCAUAGCUACUGUCCUAGGUACGGAGGGUCCUUUCGCGCCUGGUCAACCGAAGUCUUGGGUAUUCUGGCUCGCGUCGGUCCUCGGUAUCUUGCUUAUUGUUGCGCUUUCGUAUCUCUAUUAG